GCAGACAACACAUCACCUGCGGGGAGGAAGAAGCAGGAUUCCCUCUGUGGCUCCGGGAAAUAACAUUUCAUUCUUUCUUUUUCUUUUUUCUUUUUUUAUUUCUGGGAAGGAAAUCCUGAAGUGCGAGGGGUUUUUUUUCCCCCCCUUCUUUUUCUUAUUUCUAAAUAAAUUAAAAGAGAGGAAGGAGGCGCGGGGGAGAGCAGUUGUGUCCUUGCUGAGGACGGGGAAUGGAGCGCCUUCCCACCGGGAGCUGCGCCGCGGAGGCGCGCCGCCGCUGCCGCCGCCGCCACGGUGGUGCGCACACAUGGAGGCUGUAGCCGCGUCGCGCGCCCGUUCGCCCCGGUAGUUGUGUGUUUUCUUUUUGUUUUUUCUUCUUUUUUUUUUUUUUGUAACCUCCGCGAUGCCCGCGAGGAACAGGUACAACCUGGUGGACGACGUGGGGGACUCCAGGCUGCCGCUCCACAACGAGGAGGCGUACCAGCACGGCAUCUGCUUCACAGCCAAGUAUGUGGGGAGUCUCGAUGUGCCCAGGCCCAACAGUCGGAUGGAGAUCGUAGCAGCCAUGAGGAGAAUCAGGUAUGAAUUCAAAGCCAAGAACAUCAAGAAGAAGAAGGUGAGCAUCGUGGUGUCCGUGGACGGAGUCAAAGUGAUGCUGAGGAAGAAACAGAAGAGAAAAGAAUGGACGUGGGACGAGAGCAAGAUGCUGAUCAUGCACGAUCCAAUAUACAGAAUCUUCUACGUUUCGCACGACUCGCAGGACUUGAAGAUCUUCAGCUACAUCGCCAGAGACGGCUCCAGUAAUUCCUUCAGAUGUAACGUCUUCAAAUCAAAGAAGAAGACGCAGGCCAUGCGCAUCGUGCGGACCGUCGGCCAGGCCUUCGAGGUCUGCCACAAGCUCAGCCUGCAGCACGCCGAGCAGGACGCCGACGGACAGGCGGACGGCGAGAGCGACAAGUCCGCGGAGGAGGCCGGCAGCAGCGGCCGUAAGCUGACGGGAGCCGAGCGCGAGGAAGAGGAGGAGAGCAAACCGGGAGGAAGGCAAGGAGGAGGAGGAGGAGAAGAUCCUCCAGCCGGUGCGUCCCUGUGUGAGAAGGCCGUCAGCGAGAUCCUGCAGAGCCUGGCUGAGCUCAACGUGGUCAAGCCUGGACAGACCAUCAUGGACUUCGAUCGGAGGUCCGUCUUCACGGUGACGUCCCACGGCGUGACUCCCAGCAGCCCCUGCUCGCCAUCGCUCACUCCGCUGGCGUCGCAGCACUACCUGCAGCUCCUCCAGCAGCAGCUGCAGCAGCAGCAGCAGCACACACAGGUGGCCGUGGCUCAGGUGCAGCUGCUGAAGGAUCAGAUGGCUGCGGAGACGGCGGCUCGCAUGGAGGCGCAGGCCCGGGUCCACCAGCUGCUGCUGCAGAACCGGGACCUGCUGCAGCACCUGGCGCUGCUGGUGCAGCAGCUGAAGGAGCUGGAGGCCCAGGCCCCGGCCGGGCAGCAGCAGCAGGGCUCUCUCGCUAAUGGACACGCCGGCCCUCAGUCUCCCUCCAGCUCCGUUUCUCCCUCAGCGAAGGCGCUCUCCCUCAACCUGAAGAACCACUACAGCCAGACUCUGGACCAGCUCAUCACCUCCACGCCCGCCUGGCCGCUCCAGACCUCCGCCGCCUCCGCCUCGCAGGCCGACUGCGCCGCCGAGUCCUACCUCAACCUGCUCAACCUGGAGAACGGCGGCAGCCGCGCCGCCGCGGCCGGCGAGCUGGACCCCUUCAUCAGGGCCAACGGCGGCACGGAGGCCGCGGAGGGCUCCUGCGGCCAGAUCGUCCCCUUCGCGUCCAGACGCUCGGCCAGCAUGGAGGACAAGUGUAAACAGAUAAUCCCCAAACUGGACCCUCCUCCGCCCGCCUCCAACCGCAAGAGGGCCAGCAGGACAUUCUCCCCGGGGUCAGAGGUCACGGCGGCGGCCCGUCCCGUGGAGGCGGACGCGGCCCCCAGCCGCAGCAGCAGCCUGUCCUUCCCGGACGUGACCCCCGGCUCGCUGUCCUCCGCCGAGAGCAGCUCGUGCUCGGCCAGCGAGGACUCGGGCGUGCGCUCCGAGACCAAGUCGCUGCUGUCGCCGCUGCGCGACGACGACGACCUCUUCGCCGACCGCGGCGUGUUCGCCACGGAGGAGGACGAGGAGGAGGACGAGGAGGAGCGGGGCGGGGCGUCCUCCUCCGGGUCGUCCCCUCCGGAGCCCUCCGACCCCUGCCGCCCGCCGCCGCCCUUCUCCUCCUCCAUGAACGAGACCUGCCUCCACAUCAGCUUCUCCGAGGACGAGCUGCUGGAGAGCGGCCAGGAGGACCCGGCGGCCCCCCAGCGGAGCUAGACUGAGCCCCUCCCCCCCCCGCCCCCCAUCAGAUUCUAACCCCGUGCUUCCUGUCCCGCCCCCCAUGCUCGCUCCGCUCACUCAUGACACUCGCCAGACGUAACACGUUACUGAACUCAGAUUUAGUAUUUUUGUAAUGGAUUUAAGGAUCUAAUUUCCUUCUUAGUGACUAGAAUGUUGAGCAGAUUACAUGUAGCAGUUUUUUGCACUGUCGAGGUGACACAUAAUUUACUGUAGACGUGGAAAAGCCAUCGAGGGGACACCUUUUAUUUUUGCUAGUAGUCGACAUCUAAAGAGAAACGUUUUUUUUUUUGUGCGAGAGGGAGGAAUCCGUCUCCUGCAGGUUUCACAGGGUGGUUUGAUGCGACGCUGGGAAAAGCCGGAGUUUUCUGUGAGGCACCUCACCAGAAGAUGAGCGCAGAGAAAAGAACAAGAAAGUGCGGGGAAAAAAAGAUAGAAGUUAACCGAUGUAGUUGUUGUUUUGGGUUCCUGCGGCCGCGUGUUCGGCCUUCGGUGGGUUUUGGAACGUUUCGUCUUUCUUCUAAGAGCUUUCGCAUCGUCUGACUGGUGUCAGGAUUAAGCAGCAGGGAAAUCUUUUAAUUGACUGAUUUUUUUUAUCCUGAUUGCUCGGCAAGUUAAAACAAGCUGAAAAAGUCAACGUGGAGGUUCUUUAAUUUGGCAGAGUUGGGUAUUUUCAUGUAUGCUAUGCACCAUGACAGCAGGUUUUCCCUUCAACCAAAGGCUUUUUCUUUGUAGGAAUCUUGAACAAACCUCUUUUGCUGAAAGGUGUGACGCUGCAUUAAGAGCAAAGUGUUGGAACAAUUUAAAUCCAAUACUCCUUUAUGUGUGAGGGACUGAAAUCAAUGAAUGGGAACAACUUAUUAAAGCUGCAAAGAGGUGCAUCAAUCAAUCAUUUGAUCAAAAAAAAAAAAAGAUAGCCAUCCUGUUUUUUUUCUCCAAGCAAUUUCAAAGGCAAAUAAAUAAUAAAUUCUAUGUUAUUUACACAAAAC